AACGUGGCUGUCGGAGCGGUGGGUGGGGAGGUGUCCCGCAGCCAGAGUUGGCUCCAGGAGGGAGGGGAGCCCCGGGACUGCUGCCAGGCUCGCUGCGGAGCCGGGCUGUGCUGGGUGGCAGCGCCUCUGUCAAUCAGCCUGACUUCACUCCCGCACGCCCUGUGUUCUCUGGUGCUGCGCUCCAGCCGCCUCCUGGUGUCUCUGCUUCGCUGCGAGCCCGCAGAGCGGCCGCCGCUGCUGCUGGGUGCAUGCACCAGGGGACCGGAGCGGGGCUGAGGCGUCCCCGCCGCGUUCCGGGCGGCGGUGCGGAGGACCGGGCGGCGCCGGGCUGCCCUCAGAUGGUUUUGGGUAGCGGCGGGGAACUUUAACGCUGGCUCCGAGUGUUGGGCUCGGUCUGCGGUUCAGCUGCAAUGGAUCCUCCCGCGGCGAUCGCCUGUCUGCUGCUCUGCUGUGCGCUCUUCCUGCCCGCGAGCGCUCUGCAGAGCUCCAGGGAGAGAGAUCCUAUUUUGAGGAAUAUAGAGGAAUACAGACUUGUCGUUCCAAUCAGCACAGAUUCAGAGGGCAGGUUCCUAUCUAACCUGGUGUCUGGACCUCCAAGGGGGCGCUUCCGAAGAGAUGCUGGGGAUUUGCAACAUGAAGCUUCAAAUGAGCAAAUAUUUUAUAAUGUCACUGUUUUUGGAAGAGAGUUUCACUUCAGGCUGAGACUGAACUCUAGGCUGGUUGCCCCUGGAGCAACAAUUGAAUGGCAAGAGGAUUCUAAUGUGACUCAUAUUCAACCACUCCAUGGGAAUUGCCUAUAUGUUGGGGAUAUCACUGAUUUGCCUAACGCUUCAGUUGCUAUAAGCAACUGUGAUGGGCUGGCUGGCAUGAUUCGCACAGACAAGGACGAGUUCUUCAUUGAACCUCAGGAGAAGGGCAGUCAGGAGGAAGAUGGAGGCAGGACACAUGUGGUAUAUCGCAGAGCAGCUGUCAAGAAGCCACUUCCCACUGAGAACAGAGAUAUCCAGUAUAAAGCAGCUGACCUGAGUAAUCUGGAUAACUUUGUCAGUAUGCUGAGCCUCAUUGAAGACCAUGUAAACAGCUCAAGAAAGAGGUAUCGGAGGCAUGCGACUGAUGAUGACUACAACAUUGAAGUUCUCCUGGGAGUUGAUGACUCAGUUGUACAGUUCCAUGGAAAAGAACAUGUACAGAAGUACCUUCUGACCCUGAUGAAUAUCGUGAAUGAAAUCUACCAUGACGAGUCCUUAGGUGCCCACAUUAAUGUUGUUUUGGUGAGGAUAAUCAUGCUGAGCUAUGGGAAAUCCAUGAGCUUAAUAGAGAUUGGGAACCCUUCCCAGAGUUUGGAGAAUGUGUGUCGCUGGGCCUAUCUACAACAGAAGCCCGACACUGCACAUGCAGAAUAUCAUGACCAUGCUAUUUUUCUCACAAGGCAGGAUUUUGGCCCAUCUGGCAUGCAAGGCUAUGCUCCAGUUACUGGAAUGUGUCAUCCUGUACGAAGUUGCACCCUCAACCAUGAAGAUGGUUUUUCCUCUGCAUUUGUGGUGGCCCAUGAAACUGGGCAUGUAUUAGGCAUGGAGCAUGAUGGCCAGGGCAACAGGUGUGGGGAUGAGGUCCGAAUGGGGAGCAUCAUGGCCCCCCUUGUCCAGGCUGCGUUCCAUCGUUUCCACUGGUCUCGCUGUAGCCAACAAGAGCUGAACAGAUAUCUACAUUCCUAUGAUUGUCUGCGUGAUGAUCCGUUUGAACAUGAUUGGCCUCCCCUUCCCCAGCUGCCAGGAAUUCACUACUCCAUGAAUGAGCAGUGCCGUUUCGAUUUUGGUUUGGGCUACAUGAUGUGCACAGCUUUCCGUACGUUUGAUCCCUGCAAGCAGCUGUGGUGUAGCCAUCCCGAUAACCCUUACUUCUGCAAAACAAAGAAGGGACCGCCACUGGAUGGGACUAUGUGCGCGCCUGGAAAGCACUGCUUUAAAGGUCACUGCAUCUGGUUAACUCCAGAUAUCUUGAAACAGGACGGAAAUUGGGGAGCAUGGAGUAAGUUUGGCUCCUGUUCUCGAACGUGCGGUACAGGGGUAAAAUACAGGACACGGCAAUGUGACAAUCCACACCCAGCUAAUGGAGGCCGUACAUGCAUAGGGCCAACCUAUGAGUUCCAGCUUUGCAACACUCAAGAUUGUCCCAAGGAGUUUGAUGAUUUCAGAGAGGAGCAGUGUAGACAAUGGGAUCCUUACUUUGAAUAUCAGAAUAUGAAACACCACUGGCUCCCAUAUGAGCAUCUUGAUGCUAAAGAAAGGUGUCACCUGUACUGUGAAUCCAAGGAGACUGGUGACGUAGUUUAUAUGAAACGAAUGGUACACGAUGGAACCCGCUGCUCAUAUAAAGAUUUUUAUAGCAUCUGUGUGCGAGGGGAUUGUUUGAAAGUUGGAUGUGACAGGGUAAUAGGUUCCUCUAAGCAAGAGGAUAAGUGUGGUGUCUGUGGUGGAGAUAACUCCCACUGCAAGGUGGUGAAAGGAACGUUCUCCAGGGCACCAAAGAAACCAGGGUACAUUAAGAUGUUUGAAAUUCCUGCUGGUGCAAGGCACUUACUUGUACAAGAAACAGAUGCCACCAUUCAUAAUCUUGCAAUUAAGAAUCGAGAAACAGGGAAAUUCGUUUUAAAUGAAGACAACUAUGUACCGGAUUCUAAAGUAUUUGUUGACAUGGGUGUGGAAUGGGAAUACCGGAAUGAUGAUGAUAGAGAAACAGUGCAGACCAUGGGGCCUUUGAGCAAUGGAAUAGUCAUUCUGGUGAUUCCUCAUGGUGGUGCCAAGAUUUCUUUGACUUACAAAUACAUGAUCCAUGAAGACUCCUUAAAUGUAGAUAACAACAAUGUUUUGGAAGAUGAUUCAAUAACACAUGAAUGGGCUCUGAAAAAAUGGUCCCAGUGUUCAAAACCCUGUGGAGGAGGUUAUCAGUUUACGAAAUAUGGUUGCCGGAGGAAGACAGACCACAAGAUGGUUCAUCGGAGAUACUGCGAGACGAUCCAAAAGCCAAAGCCUAUUCGCAGAGUGUGCAAUCUGCAGGAAUGUUCCCAACCAAUAUGGGUUACAGGAGAUUGGGAGCCCUGCAGCAAAAGCUGUGGAAAAACAGGAUAUCAAGUACGUUCUGUAAGAUGUAUCCAACCCCUGCAUGACAAUACAAAUCGUUCUGUUCAUACCAAAUAUUGCAACAAUGAUCGUCCAGAAGGCAGAAGGUCUUGCAAUCGAGAACUUUGUCCUGCACAGUGGAGGAUAGGACCCUGGUCACAGUGCUCUGUAACUUGUGGUAACGGCACACAGGAACGGCAGGUUUUGUGCAAGACGAGAGACAAUGCUAGUGGCUAUUGUAAAGAAGACAAACCGGAAACAAUGAGGAUCUGCAGACUAUCUCUAUGCCCCAGAAAUGUUUCUGAUCCAUCAAAGAAAACCUACAUGAUACAAUGGCUGUCAAGACCAGAUGGAGAUUAUCCCAUCCAGAAAAUAUCUUCAAGGGAACGUUGCCAAGGAGACAAGUCCAUGUUUUGUCGCAUGGAAGUUCUCUCUCGUUACUGCUCAAUUCCUGGUUACAAUAAGCUGUGUUGCAAGUCCUGUAAUAUGUAUAACAACAUAACAGAGGAUAAUAAUGUAACUGAUUCUAACCUAAAUAAGAACAACAUUGAGGAGAAUCUCCUGCCUACUCUCACUCCUCCUACUGGGGUGGUUGUCAUGCAGGCUACCGCUGGUCCUCCUCUGGUUUCCAACUCAAACGUCACCCAUUCCAAUGCAACUGAGGACCACCCAGAAAUUAAUGCGGUAGACGUGCCAUAUAAAAUCGAUGGGCUGGACAACGAAGUACCGCAGCACAACCUCAUCCCACGGAGGAGGCUGCAUUACGAAAGGACAAAGAACCAAAGAAUUCAGGAGCUGAUCGCUGAGAAAAGAAAGAGGGAGACCAUUAGUAAGCUACAUUAAAAUGGAAAUACGGCACAGACGACAUUUUUCUCUCUUAUAGAGAUGUUACCACCACCAUCGUAAUGCCCAUGUCAUACAAACUAGAGAAAGAAAAAAGCGGUGCUAUGGCAGAAAUGCCAAAUUCUAAAGCCUAAAACAAACAGGAAUGUAAGAUUGUUUCAGAACGCUCGUUGAAACUUUCUGAUGGCUAGGGUUCCAGGGUGCUAUAACGUACUAGUGCAAUAUCAGUACAGUAUUUCACUGAAUCCACACAAACCUAUUACCUAGCCCAGAUCAGCCGGUUUAUGGAUUAUGGGCUCUUUUCACUCCUCAAUGCCUUGCAUAACUCCUAGGGAAUCCUAAUGGGAGUUGCAUUCAACAGGGAGGAGAACAGAGUCCAUUACCUACACAUGCCUUUAAUAGUGACAACCAGUUGAUCAAGAGAAGUAUUGCAUCAAACCAUACAAUAAAUUACUCCCAGAUUCAGGAUGGUAUUUAAGUACAUGCAUGACUUUAAACAUGUAAGUAGUCCCCCUUCCUUAAAUGGAACUAUUCUCAUGGCUACACUUACCUACCUUUCUUAACUGGAACAUUACAUUUGAGAUUCUUUGUACAUCACAUAUUUAAUCUAAGUUCAGAACUGAUAACCAGUAGUUUGCAUGUUCCCAUAAAUAAUUUCAAAGCAUUUUUAUCUAUAAAAAUGAUUUACUAUUUGACUGGACCUAUAUAAUUUAGACUGACAAUGUCCUAAUCUUUUGUUUGAGUAUCUUUAUUUCAUAGACUUUAAACUCCUGUUAUACAAUAUCCCCAAUGGUUUUAGUUGACAUUCUUUUCAGUCUACCUUUUAUCAACACUCUGUUUAACUUAAAAUGACCGGAGUCUCUUUUCCUUUCCUUUCCUUUGGUGCUUCAUGAAGAAAGUGUAAUUGUGUAUGUUAACAUUUUUCAUGGUACAAUGUUAUGUCAUUCUGAAGGAACACAUUGUGUUAUCAAUCUUUCCUUAGGACAGCUCUGUUGCAGCAGAAGUGAACAAUUGUUCAUCAUGCUUAUAUGUAAACACAGUACCAAGUGUGCUUAGAGCUUAGUAGCCUGACAGCCCUUUGAGUACUUCCUUUCCCUAUAAUGUCUUCUGAUAGCUGAGGGCAACCUCAUCAUUUUCCAUAGCUCAUUCUGGACGGCUCGUAAGUAGAAGACAUUCGGCGUGGUUGUUUGUACCUUUUGGCGAGGCCAUGCCUGCUUUCAAAUGCCUCUAUAUAAUGCAAGGAUGUUACCAGCCACCUUACAGGAUAAAUUAAUGUGUACAGUAGGUACUGAGCAUUUGAGCCAAAGACCACUAAGCUCCGUGGAAAGACUCCCAUUGACUUCAAUGGGUUUUGCAAACCCUGGAAUACUGUAUGAGUAGGAAUUAAAACCUGUGUUUGUGGGGUUUAUUAAUUUUGCUCUUGCCUAGUGGGUUGACUUUCCCUUGUCUGCUCAAGCUUGUUAAUAUUUUCCAGGGGAUAAGGUCUCUUUGAAAGUGUCAUUUCACAUAGAAAAGAUAUGCAGGGGUUAGGGCUGCCUUGACACUGCCAGUUCACAUAGAAAAGGCAACUGAGCUGUGGCAAAAUGCUCUCAAUUCAAAUUUUUGAUCUUGAAUUAAGAAGAUACAAGGUGGUGGUCUCAUUUGCAGAGCUAGUUUGGACAUAUGCUAUAUAGCUUAGUUGCUGGUGAUGCAAUGUUGAGCCUGGCAGCCAGGCCCUCACUGAAAAGGAAAACCCCAACUUACUUUCUGCUGUCCAUGCUGGGGCCCCCAUUUCUACUUUUAAAUGUUGUGAGCGAAUGGCUCACCUAGCUUCCAUUGCAAAGUAUCCCAGUUUAGACUGGAAAGAGGCAGCACUAAAAGUAGCCCUAAGUGCACUGAAUUAUUGAAACCAGCCGCUGAAUCUAUGCCCAGAAACUGUUGACAGGACAAGAGCCAAGGUUUAACCAAAAUAAUUUACAAAGAAUAUUAGACCAAGUAGUAGAGAAUGGGGUCAAUUUUAUCCCUGGUAUAAUGCCAUCAGCUUCACUUCCUCACGGGAAGGUGUGGAGAUCAAUUCAAAGCACUGUCUGAGCACUUCAGAAGCAUUAAAUGAUAGGGGCAUAUAUAACAACCUAAAUUGACAGAAGUUACAUCAGGGCUUGCUACAGGUCAAGACUCUUGUAAGAUCCCUGUGCUCAUGGCAUCUGGAGAUGCACAGGUUUCAGGGUUCAAAGUAUUGGCUUAAGGAGCUAUGAUGCAUUAGCAAACUCAGAAACCUCUUUAAAGGAGUUAACUGCUAGAGGGGGACAAAGAUCCACACCCUCCCCGUCUACACUAUACUUACACAGCCUCUUCUAUUCUUUUCCUACACUGACCUCUUCUCUUGUGGGAGCACGUUCCACUAAAGCAUGGGUUUCUUUUUGGUUCUAAAAAAUAAAAUUAAAGGUCCAUAUUGUGAAAACACAAACAGGCUGGGUUGGUGCAUGCGUUAGGUCAGUUGGUUGAAUUAACGGUUCAGAUGAAGACAAGAAUUCAGAGAAGGGAAGAACUGUCUUAAUAUCAAACAGUUCUUACAUUUGACCCACAAUGCUAUCUUAUACAAUCCCCAAAUGCAUACAGUCUACCAAAAGCUUGGACAGAAGUGGGGCAACUACCAGUUUUGGCAAGGAGGAGAAAAGGCCAAAGAGACAGCAGGAAAAUAUCAUUUGCAGGUGGGGGGGGGGUGUGUACACACCCAUUCUUUUUAUGAUGGAGGAGAGAAGUAUGAAGGAAGCUAGGCAGUGCAGAGAGGAGGAAAGGGGAAGAAGUGGGUGCAGCUGCUGGCUGAAGACAGUAGGGUGAGUUUUCAUGAUUGCAGAGCUACUUUACCUUAGCUAAGGGUUGUGAUUUUACACCACAUGCUCAAAGUGGUGAGGUUGCUAGCUGUGGUCAUGGCUCAUACCUAGGGUGAGUUUGGCACACCUCAGAUGCAACCCCAAUAGGUAUAUUAAUAUUUGGCUCAGCGCCUGCAUGCUUAGCCCCAUGUGCCAUCAAAGGAGGAGAUGCCAGCAGCUGUACACACCUGUAACAGAGGCACAAAGUUAUUAUUAAUCAUAUUUAUUACAUUGUCACCUAAGGAUCAACCAAGAAUCCCCCCCAACUUGUGCUAGGCACUGCAUAGAGCAGUCAAAAGGCCCUGCCAUGAGAUGCUGACUGAUAAAGAGAUGAGACAGACAGCCUUUCCCUGUGUGCUCCCAAGCAUUGCUGAGUGUGACUGGGCUGUCUGUUAGGUGCCUGCAGCCAAGCGCAGGCCUGACCAUGUAUGUGGGAGUUUAACAUUAUGCAGCUGCCACCCCUGAGGCUUUCAGUGCCUGUAACAAGUUUAAUCUGACAGUCCCUCACAGUCCAGUUCAGAGGCUGUCACUGUGCAUAUGCAUAAAAUAGAAAAGUGAAGUCAUGAGCUCCAAAAAGGAAAAACUGGGCAACUUAUCUCCAAAAGUCUUAGCUAAAACAGCCCUAGUUCAGCUGCUAUGCAUAAAAUCUAGAUUCAGGACAAAGCAGGGUAGGUUUGAAUUCACAGCUUGUAGAAAAAUGAGCUAUUUUAUGCUUUUUGAGUUUCCCCUACUCUGUUGUGACAGUUCAACUUAAAGAAUACUCUCCUCUGUCCCUUUAUCACCCUAAACAUAUAACUUUAGGUCUGUGAGGGCAAUACAAUAAACAAGGAACCCCACUCUAACAUAGCCAAACAGCAUAUCCAGUCACGCAGUAAACUAGACAAACCUAUUUGUGGGGAAACCUUGAAGGCUUUGGAGCUAUGGAGGUCUCCACCUCCCCAAAAUUCUUCUCCCUCCAACAGACCAUGUGACCCCUUUCUCCCCACCCCCUUCCCUGCAUCCUAAGUGUUGCCCAGCACAUAGUCUGGAAGAAAUCCCCCACCCCAAAUCUUUGUUUUCCUUGACUAGACUCCUCAUGGGGGGAGGAGUUGAUGGACACUUGCAAAAUUCAUUUGGUGGCUUUGAUGGAUAACAGCCCUGUACUGUCCUCUGGCACCUUCUGGGGUCAUAUUUCCUUCUUCACAUACAGACAUGAGAGAACAUAUUUAAAUGGUUUCUGCUGCUCCUGAGUGCAUGGAAUAGGUUUAGCAAGCCAGGGUAUCCAGGAAGAAAUACAUGACAAAAACCCCACAACUCAAAAGUUACCCUACAAUUUGCCCAUUACCUUCAUAGAGAGGGUGGAAUGUUGUGUGUCAGAAUCUGAUGGAAAAGCUACAUUUUCACUGAAACAUCCCACCCUAGGAAAGAGCAAAUUCAGGGCGGGGGAAGGUGUCUGCUUUUCUGUAUCAUUUUGCACAGCUCUACCCUGCACCCAUGGUUUGCAAAGUAGCAAAUGACUAGAUGCAUUCUGGCUUAUGUUAGAACUAUAGGAGAGCCAGGGCUGAACGCUCUGGAGAUGAAACUUUUGUCAACCUCACAAGCUGCAUUUUGAGUUUCAAAGCUAGUCCAAAGUUCAGAAACAGUCUUGGCACUUCAACACUUUCCCCCUUCACGAGAAUGAUUCAGUUCUUAAAAUCAAACAUAUCAAAAAACAAACCAGAUUUACCAAGCUCGAGAGAAGCCCAUGCUGUAUAGUAGAAACAGAACACACUCCACAAAAAGCAAGGCUGGUACUACUAUACAUAUAGUAUUCAUUAGGGGCCUGACUGAGCCAAUGCCCACAACAGUUAAUGGGUGUCUUUCCAUCACCUUCAAUGAGGAUUGGACCAGACCUUAGAGUUUCUCUAUUUCUGACCUAGAACUCUUUCCUUUUUCAGGCUCUAUGAACUGAGUUUUCACUCUGCCUUCGCUGUGCUUUAUUUUUGACUAUUUUUAAUUCCAUUGGAUCGCUUUUCCAACUUAGGCUUUUUUUUUUUGGCAUGAAGUCAGUGACAUUUGAACACAAGUCAAACUCUUCAGUCCACACUGGCCAGUAUCUUACCCUCCUGAACAAUGAGGGUUUGCCCUGCCCUCUGUGAAACAGAGCUGGCUGCCACCUUCUCUUUACAAUAUUUCCAUAUGAGAAAGAAUCUUACCCGCAGCUAUAAGAACUGUAGUCCUUUAAGAUGACCAUAGUAUUUCCAGUUCACAGAGAAGUGAAAAACCUAAAUACCUUUCAGGAUUUGGGCCACUCAGGUUAAGAGUAACCAACAUGGAAGCAAUAAUUGGGGUCUGGCCCACGGUUGCUUUUGUUCCUUUUCAUGUGGUGGAAUAUGUGGAUUGUUUACAGGCCUGUUAAACUUUGGACAGCAGCUUCCUCUUGCACUGCUACUUUUAUUAGCAUAGCUAUAAAUUGGGCAAAAACAUUUUAUUACAUGUUCUUUUAAUGUUUAACCAUCACAUAGGCAGUAUCUUUUGAUGCAUCACAACCCCGGGGUACCAAUUUAACACAAUACCCAGGAAUAAAAGAAAGAAAUCUAGUUAGUUAUAGAUCUGGUAUUUCUGUAGUGGCCACUGGCUGUCUGAUCUGAAAGCUGAAACAGUGUUCUCCCUUAAGAGAAAGGAUUUCCUGGUAGGUAUUCAUACAGUCAUGGAGAUUAAGGAUUAUGGGGCCCAAACACCACACCCAUUAAAUCCAACCACCAAAUUAAUGCAUCCAGAUUUUGAACACAAGCCGAUCAAUUUUCUAAAUUAAUCUUUCUCAGCUCAGUAUCUUAAAGAGACCCUAAAAAUUAACAGUAUUUCCUUUGGCUCCAAUCAACUUCCAUUUUUAACUCACCUGAUAUUCGCUUUAGAAUUCCUGUAAUCCAUGGUAUUCGUUCACCAGUCCAGAUUUUAACACCUUCCAUUCAAUAUUUAGGUUCUCUCAGUACUCACUUAAAAUGCUUUAAGAUAUUUGAACAGUCUAUAAAUGGUGCUUUACUAGUACUCAAAGGGUCUGUAUGAUUUACUUUAUUAUAUAGUGAAUUUAAUACUUUAUAUAUUCACCUACAAUGCACAGUAUUAGCUAUGUUCGUCUAAAUAACUGUAUGGCACUGCCAUUCAAUUACAAUACAUACAUCUUCACCACAAUUGGAAUGAAUAGCCAUUUCUUGUAUAUUAAAAUGUAUAUACAAAUUAGAACUUUUAAUUUUAUAAUUUAUUAAAGUUCAAAGGUCUGUGUUCUUUUGCAAAAAA